CAAGAAACUAAUAUCAAGUUUCAUUUCAGAACUUUAGUUCAGUACUGCUACAUGCAGAUUAUCAGAGAAGAAUUGGAAGAAGUGAAAUUUGCCUGGAAUAACCACAGAAUCAGGAAACAAAAAUCAGGUGAUAUUGUUCCUGGGAUACCUGAGCUCCUUUAUCAUGUUCCUGAAAUGUUAGGCAAUCCACAGUGCCAAAAUUAUCUUCAUUAUAUCGAUGUUAAUGAUGAGCGGUUUCAUUUUCUGAAAUCUCAAUGCUGCUUUCAAAAUGACUUGGAUGAUGACAUUAAGGAAGCUUUUGACAUCAUCUCAGACUAUUACCGUCCUUCAACAAUAUUAGAAGCCAGAACUAUGUAUAUUGCACUCAAAGAUGUAUUGGAACACCAAAUAUAUCAUUAAUUU